AUGUCUGGAAUGCCGACCGGUUCCGAGUUCAUCAAGUAUUGCACUUGUGAGCCAUGCUCCUAUGGCUUGAAGGGACAGUGUGAGGUCAGUCGCGAGCUUUAUGAGCACACGCAGGUUGUUGCAGCAAUCUUGGCCAACGGAAGCCAACGAAUGAUCGCGAUCGGAUACGCAGUGAGACGCGACCGUUACCAUGUCACCUGCCAUGCCAGCUUGCUCUGUUACUGGUCCCCAGUCAUCAAGAACGCCAUGGAACGAGAAUCAAAUCCUGUCUCUGCCUUCUGGAUAGCGUUUGGUGAGAAUGGUCGUAGAGCUAUUAUGAUCUGGAAGCAGAUCAUUCAGUGGUGUUAUGUCGGAAGGUUGAUGGACCCUUCUGACUCGAGCGACGCUACCAUUGGUCACAACAGCGACAUCGAGGCUCUUUGGCAUGCAGCACUCACCCUUGAGAUGCACGAGCUUGCCAACUACUGCCUGCGUCUUAUCGUCAUCAAGUACACCUGGGGUCUCAGUGUGCGAAGCGAUACUAGGGUCGAGUUCAAUCCUCGAGAUUGUCCGUUUGAUGCUGCCGGCCUCUACGAGGUCUUCUUACAGAAUCAGAGAGGUCGCUUCCAUCGUAAGCUACUAUUGUUCAUGGAGGACCUGUUGACUGCCCGCGGUCCACUAACUCCGGGCGCAAUGGAGCACGUGAGUCCGGCUGCAAUGCAGAAGUGGACUGAUCUCAUGUAUCGCCAUCCGAGAUUCUCUCAGUGGAUCAACAGAUUUGGCGGUCUCGAGCACAACAACCAGAACGCAAUCCUUCCCACGCACUUCAACCAAUGGGCCAAGUACAGAGUCCCUGUCACGCCUAAGGUACCGGCAAAUGUGCAAGACUGGGUGGAUGAGAACAAGGAAGCUCUCCGGAAGGAAGGUCACUCAGUGACGCUCAUGGCCAGGUGGCGUCGAGAGGGAGAGGGAGAGAACGCGUCCGACCACUGGCAGUUCCAUCGGGUCCACCCGAGAACACCGAUCGGACAGGAGUAG